CGACGACGACAACGACGACGCCACCUCCUCCCACUCCAUGGCCGCCGCUUACCCGGCUGCCGUCGCUGCUGCUGCUGCUGCUGCUGCUGCCGCCACCGCCGCUGCAUUGUGGGAAGCGGCCGCCUGAGCCGGACCCACCUCGCUCGCUCGCCGCCGCCUGCAUCAGCCGCCCGCCGCCAUGGGCGCCGUCACCGAUGAUGAAGUUAUUCGCAAACGACUAUUGAUUGACGGAGAUGGUGCUGGCGACGACAGACGAAUUAAUUUGUUGGUGAAGAGUUUCAUCAAGUGGUGCAACUCCGGAUCUCAUGAAGAAGGCUACACCCAGUACCAACGCAUGCUGAGCACUCUGUCACAGUGUGAAUUUUCAAUGGGGAAAACCUUGCUUGUAUAUGAUAUGAACCUCAGAGAAAUGGAGAACUACGAAAAAAUCUACAAAGAUAUAGAAAAUAAUAUAGCUGCAGCACAUGAGAAAAUUGCAGAGUGCAAAAAGCAGAUUCUUCAGGCAAAAAGAAUACGAAAAAAUCGCCAAGAAUAUGAUGCUUUGGCUAAAGUAAUACAGCAUCAUCCAGAUAGGCAUGAAACACUCAAGCAGUUAGAAGCUUUGGGGAAAGAACUUCAGCAUCUCUCCCAUAUCAAAGAAAAUGUAGAAGACAAACUGGAGUUGAGACGAAAACAGUUCCAUGUACUUCUGAGCACCAUCCAUGAACUUCAGCAAACACUGGAAAAUGAUGAGAAGCUUUCAGAAGCAGAAGAUGCCUCAGAUACACCAAUGGUAUCUGCAGAUAAACAAUAGACAGACCCUGGAUAAAGCUCCAAAGCCUAGAAGCCAAUGGAUACUUUUUUUCUCCCUUUUGGUCUCCCGAGAAACUAGAUUGUAUUUCCAUUGGAAUGCAUUUGACUUGAUGUUUGAAAUGUCUUUUUAAUACAAUAAAUAGUUGGUAUUACAUACUUAGUCUUAGAUUCACAUUGGAUUUGUAUUCUGGAAUUAAAAUACUACUUUGGGCUUUGA